CCGAGUUACCUUCUGUCAGGUGCGAUCAUUUUAAUAAUCUAUUUUGCCGUUGUGUGUACACCAGAAUUUCGUGCUUAAAAAAAAUACUAGUGAUAAAGUGCAUUUAGUUAUUUGUUAUAAACAAUAAGUACUAUGGAUUAUUAAUUUUCCAUAUAGCAAACAAUAAAAACAAAGAAAACGAAAAAUGGCCUACCGAAACGGUUACUCCGAAAACGAUCGCGACUUAGACAGGGACAGGGAUGAUAGGAACAGCGAUGGUGGCAAACCCCACAUCAUCGAGCACUUGGCCACGUUUACCGUAACGGCCGAAACCGGGAUACUGUAUCCUGCUGAUGGGAUGAGAAGACUGUUACAAUUAGAGAAGACCAAUGGUAUUUGGUCACAGAAGAUGUAUCUGUCGCUGGACAACUCCUGGGCGCUCAUCAUGGACUUCGAAACUGGGAACGUGAUGGAGAGGUUCCCGGCAAAUUCGAUACAAGAGCCCACGGCGUUUACAAGCCACGACCCCAUGGAUAUGUACAAUAAUAUAUUAGUAUUUAUUGUUGGCAACGCCAACCAGUCCCAUCCACCUGAAAUGCACAUUUUCCAGUGUCAGAGUAUAUCAGCCCAAGACCUAGUAGAAGACUUAAAACAAUUGCGCCAGGGCAAGCUGGUAACGCGAAACCGCAAGAGCAGCAUCCCGCCGCCGCCCCACAAGCCACCACAGAACGUCAUCAACCCCCAAAGAGACCACAACCGAGAUUACCACGGAUCCGACUCCGAACUGACCGCCAACAACGACGACUCGAGCUCGACCACCAGCGAGAAGUACGAACGCGACGUGACCAUCCUGAACCACUGCUUCGACGACAUCGAGAAGUUCAUAGCGCGACUCCAGCAUGCGGCCGCCGCCGCCCGCGAGCUGGAGCGGAGGAGGAAAAACAGGAAGUCGAAGAAACGGGACAUCGGCGACGGCAUGCUGACCAUGAGGACCAAGCCGCCGCCCGAAAAGGAGUUCAUCGACAUCUUCCAGAAGUUCAAGCUGUCGUUUAAUCUGCUGGCGAAGCUGAAGGCCCACAUUCACGAUCCGAACGCUCCGGAGCUGGUGCACUUCCUGUUCACGCCUCUGGCGUUGAUCGUGGAAGCCGCCCACGAUCAGUAUUUCGAUAAGCGUCUACCCCACAACGUGGUUUCGCCUUUGCUUACCAGGGAGGCUGUUAAUUUGCUUAACAACUGCGUGACCAGCAAGGAAACUGAACUGUGGCAUUCUUUGGGACAAUGUUGGCUUAUUUCUAGGGACCAAUACAAGGGACACGUACAACCGUAUCAUCCAGUCUUCACUGAUGGCUGGUCCCCCGAUAUAAUUGACGAACAGGAAUCCAUGGAUAAAUACACCAGAGAUUCCACCGAUGGACCUUAUGGCGCUUACACCGAUUACUCAUCCAACCAAGAUUACUUAUAUGAUAACCACCACCACCCACCAGAUAAGGACAUCCCACCAAACAUCGGCGACAGCACCAAGAGCGACAUUUCCGUCGAUUCGAUAGAAAAUAGAGGAGAGGAAAGAGGCUACGGAAUGACCGGCCGGAACCAGGAAGCCUUCUUGGAAGACCUACAACGUCGCGGUGCUCAAAUUGUACGUGUUACAUAUCCUAGGACUGCCAACAAUGAAAAGGAACUCACCGUUUCACGUGGCGAAUAUUUGGAGAUUUUGGACAACAGUCGAAAAUGGUGGAAGGCCAGGAACAUCAGGGGACAAGUGGCGCACGUGCCUCACACCAUCGUAGCCCCACUUGGUGGAAAUGUAUACCCCAACCCAAUUUAUGUAACAGAGGACUCUCAGGAUCGUUACCCAGGUCACAGUUCUGGAAUGCAAGACCACAAUAUACCAAGUCCAAUCCAAAAUAAAUCCUCAGAUUGGAUCCAACAAGAACGUAUUGAUAAUUCAUUUUCGCCGCCACCUCCGCCUCCGCCACCGAUGAACCUUCCUCUCCCAGUUUCAAAAAUUCCACCACCUCCCGCACAAUCAACAUCAUCAUCUUCACCCGAGCCUCCCCCACAACGCAGAAGGAACUCCUUCCACGAAAGGAACGUGAGCCCCCCACGACCAAUCGAUUUGCCUCGCAAACACUCCAUCCAGUCCAUGCACGAACAGCUCGCGUCCGUUUACUCGAUAAUCAAUCAAAGGGAGCAGAAAUCCCACAUCAAAAUCAAACAAACACCGGAGAUCUUCAUCAACGAGAAAUCGACGCCGGACGAGAUAAAGAGGUGGUUCGAGCUGAAGGAGUUCGGCGACGGUAUUUACCAGAAAUUCGAGGGACUGAACGUUAAGCAACUGUUCGAACUGACGCGUACGGAUCUGCAGAAGGUGUGUGGAACUGAAGAAGGCAAGCGAUUGUUUUCGCAAUUGCAGUUGCAGAAGAGUUGUAGUGAAUCAAACACUGGUCUUGAACUAGAGAAUAUUUUGGAGAGGCGAAGAAAAAAGGUGGAGGCUGAGAAAAAUAUGAACAAAAAUGAGGACCAGUAAACAUCAGUCUAACGAUUAAAUUAUUGUAAAUUAUAUUUCUAGACAUCUAUUCACCAAAAAAAGAAAAAUUAUCUUAUAUGUAAAAUAAAAUUUAUUAUUUUGUACUUGUAAAGUAUUAUGUUAUAUAUAUUUUUAUUAUGAAUAAAUAUAUAAUUUUA